GUUAUCUCACAUUUCAAUUAAACCAAAGCAAAAGGCCAUAUAAUUUUUUUUUAUUUGAAAUAAUGUCCGGGAUCAUCCACAAGAUUGAGGAGACCCUCCAUGUGGGAGGGCACAAGAAAGAGGAGCACAAAGGAGAACACCAUGGUGAGCACAAAGGUGAACACAAAGGAGAACACCAUGGUGAGCACAAAGGUGAACACAAAGGAGAACAACACCAUGGGGAGCACAAGGAGGGACUUGUGGAUAAGAUCAAGGACAAGAUCCAUGGUGAUGGCCAUGACAAGGGUGAGAAAAAGAAGAAGAAGGACAAGAAGAAGAAGGAGCAUGGACAUGACCAUCAUGGUCAUAGCAGCAGCAGUGACAGUGAUUAGAUCUUAUAUGUUAAGCAGGUGUACGGUACGAUGGUAGUGAGGAGCCAGAAUCCCUCUUCCUGCUUUAUGAUAUAAUACAAAUAAAAUAGCGAUUCCGGAAAUCAUGUCUGUAGCUGCUCUUUUUAUUUAUGUGAUAAAUGUAAAACGCUUUGGUUUGGCUUGGCCGUUGUGCAUUAGGUUGAAAAAAUAAAUGUUAUAAUUACUCAGAAUCUCAGAUCUUUCUCA